AUGACAUCUACUUUGAUGGAAGUUGAUUCUGCACCUGUUUCUGAAGUCCAAACUAAGGACCAUACCAAUGUCGAUAAGUUUGUCGAUCUUCUGCGCCAGGUGUCUAAGACUACCACUACACUUGAUUCGAGAUACGUGUGGAAAUCUCUUAGGGAGUUGCCUGGAUGGAGGAAGGAGUUAAACCAACACACUUUAUCUAUUUUAAUCACUUUGAUAUAUCCGGAUGAUUCAAGCUUCAAAGUGCCAUUGUUGAAGGUUGUAAACCAAAAUUUGAAAUCGAAUGUUGAAAAUGCAGAAUCAUUUAGGUCGAAGUAUCCUGCUGAUUUUUACCAGCUUACCAAUGCUGGUAAAGUGGAUGUAUCUGCGGAAUUGAAUUCCUUUAUCCAUUUGUUUGUACAAUUGUAUUUAUUGGAUUCAGAACAGGUUGUUGAGCUUGAGGCAUUUAACUUACAGACUGUAGUGCCCCGUGUUUUACAAUAUUACAACAAUCGUACGUUGGAUUUGAUCAACGCUAAGCUAUGGUUCUAUAUUGCCAGAACACAUGAGCUUCUUGGGAACUCACGGGACUAUACAAUACGGAAUGAAAUGAUGAAAUUUUUAAGAACCGCUACGUUGAAAUAUGAUAAUGAAAGCAAGGCAAUGCUAAUAACUUUGAUUAUAAGGGACUUGUUGAAUUCUGGUGAAGUAGAGACAGCUUCUGAUUUUAUUAGCAAGGUGGAAUUUCCUUCCGAUCAUGACGUAUCUAGCCCGCUCGAGGCGCGUUAUUACUUCUACUUAUCAAAGAUAAAUGCCAUUCAGCUAGACUAUUCAGCUGCAAAUGACUAUGUUAUGGCUGCUAUUAAAAAGGCACCAAAUUCCCAGAGCAGUCUAGGGUUCUUACAACAAGCAAAUAAAUUGCAUUGUGUUAUUCAACUGCUUAUGGGGGACAUUCCUGAGUUAUCCUUUUUCCAUCAAAAGGGAAUGGAAGAAACCUUAACGCCUUACUACCACUUGUCUAAAGCAGUCAAACUAGGUGAUUUGAAAAAAUUCACAGCAACAAUCUCUAGAUAUAAACCACAGCUAGUUCAGGAUGGUAACUACCAGCUAUGCGUUAGAUUGAGGUCUAACGUCAUUAAGACAGGUAUUCGUAUUAUAUCAUUAACUUAUAAAAAGAUCUCCUUAAAAGAUAUAUGUUUGAGGCUUCAUCUGGACUCCGAACAAACCGUGGAAUACAUGGUUUCGCGCGCCAUCAGAGAUGGCGUCAUCGAGGCCAAAAUCAACCAUCAGGAAGGAUAUAUUGAAACAAGUGAACUAUUGAAUGUUUAUGCAACAAAACAACCUCAACACAUAUUUGAUGAUAGAAUCAUAUUUGUCAACCAACUACAUGAUGAGUGUGUGGUGGCUAUGAGGUAUCCAGGCUCCAGAGAGAAGAAGAAGAACGCCAAAUCUGACAAUCAGGAAGGGGAACUUGACCUUGACGUUAUGGAUUUAUCGGAUUACGGCUCCGAUAUUGAGGAUCUCAUCUAA